GCGUACAUAUAAAAAAAAGUUAUACACAAACAACAUGGUGGAUCAGCUGUUUUCGUUUUUCUCAAAUCUGAAUUUGUUUUCAUAAAACGAAGCCUUGUUAUGGUCUCAUAGCCAUGUGUGAAUUAAAAUGGGUUCAAUCGCAUCGGUGCUGCAAUGGCAUUGUCAGACGUGCGGCCAGAUCAAUCCAACAGAAAGUGUAAAGUGUUUAAAAUGUGGUACAAAGCGGGUAUCGAGUCAUGACAGUGAAAUAUCUAAAGAAAAUUAUAGAGAUUCGUCGCCGGAAUAUACAUCUCGUACUGGAAAAAGCGAAGGAACUACACCUGGAUCAGAAGCGAUCGUCAUACCAACUGAACAUAGCUUUAACAGCGGAUGGUCGUGCGUGGGCUCGGCACCGGAGGCGUCGCGCGCGUGGCGGUGCGCGUGCGGCCUGCGCAACGUGUCCGCUGCGUGGCGCUGCGCCGCCUGCGACGCGCUCGCGCCACACGCGCCUGUCUACAGGCUCUCUGAUGAUGAGGAUCAAGCUUCAGGGAUGACGGACAAAGAAAAGUCUGCUCAAGACAACACUAUGAUAAGGUCCAACACCCUGGCUGUCCCAUCGUCAUAUAAACCUACAACGAGCUACUCAGACGGUCGCCGACUGAACCUCGACUUGCAGUCACUCCGGCUGUCUCCCACUCAACUGACGGACCACGCACACGGCGUCACCAGAUCCCUGUCUCAUGGCUCUGUUAUAAACUCACAACAAAAGUGGUGGAAAGUCGACGAGAGUGGCAGAGGAACCAUUAAUAGACCCACAAGUUUGAUGGUCUCCGAAAGAUACGGUCAGUGCAAUCCUAGAGAGUCGUUCCUUCGAAGCCUGCACACGGUGACACGAAGACCCAAGAAGUGUAACGAGAGCAAGUCCAAUUGGGAACUGAAUUACGUGAAAGAGUACCAAAGGGAACAGAGUAGAGGACUGCAUUUAAAGAAGUGGUCGUGCAGUAAGUGUACUCUAGAAAAUUCUGGAAUCAGGACGCAUUGUGAAGCUUGUCUCUCGCCUAGAGUGUCUCCUUUAGCGCGGAUUCCCAAUGCUAGGGGCCUCAGUGUGACGACUUUAGGUAGGCACGAGACUGCGGUAGGGAAGGAUGGCGCGACGUCACUCCCUACGUCAGGAGGCGUCAUGAUCACCGUCCCCGACUGGCCCACGGGAAGCACAACACUAGGAGCUUCCUUCAGAAGAUCGAUAAGCGCACAAAAUUCACCAGAAAUCCGCCCAACGUACCGACGGUCCUUCUCAGAGCAGACAAACGCGGAAAGACCAGUUGGGAAGGUGAUAUCGAGUCGGAGAAGUCUGAACGACUACCAGAAGUCGUUGGCGAGUUACUGUGGAAGUCUGCCGAAGACUGAUAUUCGGAAGGAUCAGAAGAUAGAAGAGAAUAGUGCAGAGUUGAUUGACAAGGAGUGCAGUUGGGACACGAAUGCUGAGGGGGUGAUAUACGCACUGCCAAAUAAGGGGAAGUAUAAAGAUUUGAAUCUGCAGUUGCAGGUGAACAAUAACGGGACGCGGUAUUCUUAUGUUUCGGUUCAGGACACGACGACUGUGAUGAGUAACUCUCAGAACGAAGCUUUGUACUCUAAUGACAUUAAUGAUGGUGACUAUGCUCGUAUAGACGAGUUGUUGGGUGCCGAGAACUGCAUAUCUCCAGUGAAUGACGUGGCCUCCAAUAUAAGGACGUCGCAUAUAGGGCAGAGAGAGCCCAAGGUGUAUAAUAUGCUGCCGUCGGUCGGGAAGGUGUCUCAUAACCCUCGGGAGCCGAACAAAGUGCCUUCGACACAACAACCCAAGUAA